CAAGCUGUAUUUCAGUGGGUACAGUGGGACUACACGUGAAGGAGGCUACGACGUGAAGUCAGAGUGAAAUUAAACGGUUUAGGGCUUCAUGUGGUGGCAUUUUAGAUCCGCUACAGGAAUUUAAAGCCGCUAGAAUGCUGUAUCUCAUCGGUCUGGGACUCGGAGACGCUACCGACAUCACGGUGAAGGGUCUGCAGGCGGUGAAGACCUGCGCCAGAGUCUACCUGGAGGCCUACACCUCCAUCCUCACCGUGGGUAAAGAAGCGCUGGAGGAGUACUACGGGAAGGAGCUGAUCCUGGCUGACCGGGAUCUGGUAGAACAGGGAGCUGAUGAAAUCCUGAAGGAUGCAGAUGUAACCGACGUGGCCUUCCUGGUGGUGGGCGACCCUUUCGGCGCCACCACCCACAGUGACCUGGUCCUGAGGGCGGUGAAUGCUGGGAUCCCGUACAAAGUCAUCCACAAUGCCUCCGUCAUGAACGCAGUGGGCUGCUGUGGUCUGCAGCUGUAUAACUUCGGGGAGACAGUGUCGGUGGUGUUUUGGACGGACACGUGGAGACCUGAGAGCUUCUACGACAAGAUCUGUAAAAACAGAACGGCUGGACUGCACACGCUCUGUCUGCUGGAUAUUAAAGUCAAGGAGCAGAGCAUCGAGAACAUGAUGAGGGGGAAGAAGAUCUUUGAGCCUCCUCGCUUCAUGACAGUCAGUCAGGCUGCAGAUCAGCUGAUUCAGAUCAUCCACAGGAGGAGAGAGGAGGGGGCGGAGCUUGGCAUCACAGAGGACACAGUGUGCGUCGGCGUGGCCAGACUCGGCUCCGACGAUCAGGUCAUCCGGACGGGGACGUUACAGCAGCUGGCGUCAUGUGACCUGGGCGGGCCGCUCCAUUCACUAGUUGUCACCGGCCAGCUCCACCCGCUGGAGGUGGACAUGCUGCGAGUGAACGCAGAACCAAACGCACUGCAGCACCUAUGCAUGAUUGACAGCUCAACGUACACCUCCUAACGACAACAUAUCGAUCCAGUUCAACUCAGGUCCAACUUUAAUGUUUUCAUGUCGAGUUUAACACGUUGGAUUCAAGGAACAGUUCUGAUAUUAAAACAGAAAAAAUCAGCCAGUAUGACUCUGAUCCUCCUGCAGCUCCUUCACAACACGGAUCAAAAACUUCGCUCAGAGACCGAAUUAUUUAUUACAGCUUUAAAAAAAACAAAAAAAAACAAACAAACCCACCAACAGGUCCCAUUGUUUGGUUGCAUGGUUUGGCACAGUAAAAAGUGGCAUCACAUAAACUGAGGAGUCCCAGCAGUGAUGUCAGCGAUGGUGGGAGGGGCUCAGAUUGUCUCUGAUACUGACAAAGGCACUUACCCAGAAUGCUUUGCUCCAAUCAACAAAGUGCAGGGGGAGGGGGGAAAUGCCCAGCAGCCCAGAUAGGUACACUUACAAAAAAAAAGGGCAGGGCUGUUUGAGUUCGUGAGUUCUUUGUGACCCCCCUUCCCUCUGAAUCUGUCCUGCAGUGACUGUUGGGGGUGGGGUCAGAGGUCACCUUCAGCAGCAGACUAAAUGUGAUUGGUCCCAGGGUUUGGAGGUGGGGCUUCUACAUGGCGGCCGUGUCGAUCUGAACGUACAGCUGUCGUACUCCAACCUGGAAGGGGGAGACAACAGCUGAAAACUUCUGGACCGCAUUCAGACCGUCAGUGAUGGUGCGUUCGGGUACCUGUGUGAAGAUGUUGUGCGUCUGGCUGAGGAUCCAGCGAGUGUCGGCGUCGGGGGCAACCAGUAGCUUCAACGUCCCGAUGUAAACGUCAGUACAAAGAGUCCAGAAGUGAGGCUCCUGCAGGUUGUACACCCCCUGCAGCUGCUGCACCUGAACAUCACAAACCAGGAAUUAGACUUAUCCACGGUGCAGAGAUUACAUGUUUGACAGCCAUGAAAACUGGUGCUCCAGAAACACCAACUUUACUGAGUCAGUGGCUGAGAGUGAGAGUGUGGGAGCCAACCAAAAUGUUAAAGCUUUAACUUAGGGCUGGGAUAUACUUGCUGUAAAGCAAGCGUACAUGUCAACGUUCCGCUACGUCUGUGUGAAAACUAACAAUGGAAGCACGAUGCAGCCAAAACGCUCAAUACUGGAGGUCACCACUAGGGGCGGUAUUCUGAAAUAGUGGCAAGGUCAAUCUACCGAUCACAUUGUAUUUCUGGGGCAGCCGUGAUACGUAUGCAUCGCUAACAGCAAGUAUAUCCCAGCCCUUAGGCUCGUUACAUACUUUGUUCUUGUUCUCAAGGCCUUAACAAGAAAGGCGGGUUUGUCCAUGCUGUGGUGUCCAUGUCUUAAAACGCCACGUGUUGUUUACAUUUUUGUACUUUCUCACCACCUCGAUCAACUCUCCAUUAAAACUAUCCUUUCAACCUUGCAUCAGCGGACACAGCUUUCCGCUUCAUUCUCUUCCACGUUAACAACGCCCACCUCAAAUAUCUGACCAAUCACACAAUACUUCUCGGAAUCCCACGAGAAGAAGUCACAAGCUGUUCCCAACCACAUUCAAGAGAACAAAAUGAUGUCAAUUUGCUCUCGUGGCCUCCAGAACAAGAAGAAAGUUCUCGAGCAGCCGAGGUGGAACAUGGACUGAGGAUGCCUCUCACUUUUGUUUUUAGUCUCGUUUGUGAAGCAAAGAGGAGCUCAAUGAAAUGUUUGGCUGGAAUCUUGAAGGUACAUCUGUUGUAAACUGGGCACACGGUUAUGUUUGUAUUGUACUAACUGACUUCCUCUAGCAUGUAAUACAGCAUUUACAACCUCGGUAAAGUGUUUUCAGGUCCUGCUCCAAUAAAUGUGUAUAAAUCUCA